CUGAAUGAGCAGAAGCGUCCAUUUGUCUCGUUCUCUGACUUUUGAGUAAUGGAUCACUUCAUUUUAAGCUUGCUUUGAUCGUCUUUUGCCUGUCUCCUUCUGAAUCAUUGAAUAUGAAUCAGAUUCUAAAUUCUAGUUCUAAAUUUUGGCCCAAAUUCCCUGUGCCACUGAGGUCCUGUCUCCUUCUGAAGACGUAGAACUUGAAUCCGAUGCUAAAAUGUGGUCGAAAUUCCCUUCGCCACUGAGGUGGAUGCAAAAUUGGAACCCUAACCCUAAACGGCUAAACCCACUACCUUACAAUCUUUUCUUAAUUUUUUAAUUCUCUAUUUUUAUGUUGCUUUUUGGUAAAAAGAAAUUAUAAAUUGACCUCAAUGAACCAGAAAAGUUGCUGAAAAGACGAUAAAAAAUGAGUUGUAUGGGUAGCUCACAGUAUCUUCUUCAAUGGCACAUGCGAUUGGACAAUGGAGCCCAUAAAAGGGAUUCUUACCCAUUAACAGUCAUAUUUCUCGUUAUUGUAUAUGAAUAAACAGUUGCUGUUAUGGCAUCCUCCGGUACUGCCAGAGUUGAACAUUUCCAGCUCGUGGAUGGGAUGCAACUUAAGAUAAAUGUUUCAGGCUCUUUGAAUGGACCCAAUGUCAGAAUUGAACUUCGGCUUAAGAACUGUACAAGGGCCUGGAUUCUUCACUGGGGUUUUGUUAAUCAUGGAAACCCGAAUUGGUUUAUCCCUUCUGAGCAAUCUCCAGGAUCAAAAUCUUAUAAGCAAGGGGCAUUACAGACACCAUUUACGAAGAGUGGAGAAUUUUAUGUAGUCAAUAUGGAGUUGAGAGGCCCUAAAUUCCAUGCUAUAGAAUUUGUUUUGAAAGAUAGCUGCUGCAACAGAUGGUUGAAAUUGAACAAUGGGAAUUUCAGAGUUGAUCUGCCUGAACAUGAUGAAAGUACUAUUCACCCCUCUCUAUCGAAGGACUUGAUAGAACGCAAGGCAUAUCAAAUCUGGGAAAGCAAGGGCAGGCCAACGAGCACUCCACAUCAACAAAAGCGAGAUUAUGAUGAUGCUGUAAGAGAACUCCAAAGUCAGCUGGCCAAAGGGAUUUCUUUGAAUGAGUUACAAAGUAGUUGUAUGUCUACAAGUACCAAAACACUAACUGAUAAUAGGGGACAUUCUAGGUGUGCAUUACCACCUUCAUACCGUAGAAGACAUGAUGUGGAUCAGUGGUUGCAUAAGCAUUCUGUGGGCCAUGCCAAGAGCACCAAUAUGCCAUUUUCAGCUUUAAUGGAUCUUGUAGAGAGAACUAAUGGAGGAGAUAAAGUUAUAUCGAGGCAGAGUUAUCAUGUUGGUAACUAUGAGAUAGUGGUCCUUACAAAAAUCGUUAAGAGUGAUCUUCAUGUACUGGUAGCCACAAACACAAAGGGUGCUGUAGUUCUUCAUCGGGGUUUCUCAAAGUUGUCCAUUGUGGAAUGGUUGUUGAGUUUUCCUCACUGUUUCUAGGCCCCUCCAUCAGACAUGUUGCCUGAAAGAUCAAGACUUCUUAAUGGUGCAUGCCAAACUUAUUUCGCGGAAAUAUUAACUGGAAAAGGAUCCUUUCAGCUUGUAGAUAUCAAUCUGCAGCAAAGAAAUUUCUUUGGUAUCCAAUUCAUGAUCUGGACAGGUGGAUCUUGGAUAAAAAAUAAUGGGGCAAAUUUCUCUGUUUUGCUGAAGUCAAUCAAUCCUAAUGGAAAGGUUGAUGGGGAUGGGAAAGAAAUUGUCAAAUGGUUACUUGAUGAAAUAUAUCGAAGAGAAAAAGAGGCGGAAAGGUCAUUGAUGCACAGGUUCAACAUUGCAACAGAAUUGACAGAACGUUGUAAAUUUGAAGGGGAAUCAGGCCUUAUUGGCAUUUUGGUCUGGUUGAGGUUUAUGGCCUGCAGGCAUCUUACAUGGAACAAGAACUACAAUGUGAAACCUCGUGAAAUUAGUGAAGCUCAGGAUAAGUUCACCAAUUUACUACAAAAAAUAUAUGUGAACCAGCCGAAUGAUGGAGAAAUUGUGAGAUUGAUUAUGUUAUGUGUUGGACGUGGAGGUCAAGGAGAUGUUGGGCAGAGAAUUCGUGAUGAAAUUCUUGUGCUUCAGAGAAACAAUGAAAGCAAGACUGGCAUGAUGGAGGAGUGGCACCAAAAGUUGCACAAUAACAGUAGCCUAGAUGAUGUGAUAAUUUGUGAGGCACUCUUAAAUUAUGUAAGAUGUGGGUUUAGAAUUGAUGUUUAUUGGCAAACAUUAAAUGCAAAUGGUCUGACAAAAGAGAAGCUUGCAAGUUAUGAUCGUCCAAUUGUGUCAGAGCCUCAUUUUAACACCCAUGCUAAGGAAGGUCUCAUUCGUGACCUUACAAUGUACUUGAAGACAUUAAAGGCUGUUCACUCAGGUGCUGACCUUGAAUCUGCGAUUGAAACUUGUUUGGGUCCUUCUUGCAAGAGUGAUUUCACGAAUGUAGAGAGAGUUAAUUCUCUAGAUGGUUUGUCACAAAAGUUGCGGGAAUCGUUGAACUUUAUCAGAGCAAAUGUGGCUGAUGCAAAUGUUGCUUCGCUUAUGGAGAAGUUACUGGAAUCUCGCAUCGAGCUUCACCCUGUUUUGCUCACAUCUACCGGAAGAGCAAAAGAUUUACUCUUCCUCGAUCUUGCUUUGGAUUCUGCAGUUAGAACAACAAUGGAAAGAGGACUGAAAGACAUCAGCUUCGAUCACCUGCCAGAUAUUAUGUGCUACAUUUCCUUUGUGCUUGAAAAUUUAUGCCUAUCAAUCGUCAACAAUGAAGACCUGAUUUAUUGCACAAAGGGUUGGUAUCUCGUCUGUGAAUCAUACAAAUCCAAUGAUGUUCAGUGGGCAUUACAAGCAAAAUCUAUUCUUGAUCGGGUGCAGCUAAUACUUGCUGAUAGGUCUCAGAACUACCAGAAAAAAAUUCAGCCCAGUGUGCAGUAUCUUGGUAAUUUGCUUGGUAUUAAGAAAUGGGUGAUUGAUAUUUUUACAGAGGAGUUGAUUAGGGCAGGCUCAGCAGCUAUCCUGUCCACACUUAUCAAUCGUUUUGAUCCCAUUCUUAGAAAAAUUGCAAAUCUAGGCUGUUGGCAAGUUAUCAGUCCAGUGGAAGUGUGUGGUUUUGUAACCUCUGUUCAUGAGUUAAUUACCAUUCAAAACAAGGUUUACGGAAAACCAACUGUUAUUAUUGCAAAUAGAGUAACUGGGGAGGAGGAGAUUCCUGAUGGAGUUGUUGCUGUGCUAACACCUAAUAUGCCAGAUAUUUUGUCCCAUGUCUCUAUUAGAGCAAGAAAUAGCAAGGUAUGCUUUGCCGCAUGUUUUGAUCAGAAUAUUCUUAGGAAUCUCAAGCUAAAGGAAGGAAAAGCUAUAUCAAUAAGCAUGAAAUCAAUGAAUUUGAUUAUCAGUGAUGUCGAUGGCUCAAAUUUAUCACUUAAUUCCUCUAUUUCUACUUCCAUUCCACGAGCAGUUACACUUAAAAGGAAGCUGUUUUGUGGGAAAUAUGCUAUUUCACUUGAGGAGUUCACUGCUGAGAUGGUCGGUGCAAAAUCUUGCAACAUCAAAUUUUUAAGAGAAAGGGUGCCAUCAUGGAUUAAGAUUCCAAUUUCAGUUGCCCUAACAUUUGGAGCCUUUGAAACUAUUCUUUUAGAAGAUAUUAACAAGGAUAUAGCGAGCAGGAUUUCUUGCUUCUACAAAUCUGUACUGGGUGGUGAUUUGACCAAACUUCGAGCAAUACAAGAUGCUAUUCAACAAAUGAGAACUUACUACAUAAUCUGAAUUCCUGUUAAAUGGUCACUUUUGACUCUGACCUACGAGCUUAAGAGCAAAAUGAGAAGUUCGAGAAUACCUUGGCCUGGUGAUGAGGGUGAGGAAAGAUGGAAUCGUGCUUGGCAGGCAAUAAAGAAGGUUUGGGCUUCAAAGUGGAAUGAAAGAGCAUAUGUUAGUUGUAGGAAAGCUAAUCUGAAUCAUGAUAACCUACGCAUGGCUGUACUGGUUCAAGAAAUCAUUAGCGGUGACUACGCAUUUGUCAUUCACACAAAGAAUCUAUCAGGGGAUGCCUCAGAGAUAUAUACUGAGAUUGUGAAGGGCCUGGGAGAGACUUUGGUGGGUGCAUAUCCGGGACGCUCAAUGAGCUUCAUCACCAGAAAAAGCAAUCUAAAGUUUCCUAUUGUUACUGGUUAUCCAAGCAAGAAUAUAGGGCUAUACAGUAAGCAGUCCAUUAUAUUCAGAUCAGACUCAAAUGGUGAAGAUCUAGAAGGAUAUGCUGGAGCUGGGCUCUAUGACAGCGCCCUUAUGGAUGAAGAGGAGAAAGUAAUAUUAGACUACUCCAGCGACCGAUUGAUGGUUGAUAAGGCUUUCCAAACGUCAAUCUUCUCAAAAAUUGCAGAAGCAGGAAAAAUCAUAGAAGGUCUUUGUGGUUGCCCCCAGGAUAUUGAAGGAGUGGUUAAAGAUGGAGUCAUAUAUGUGGUUCAGGCAAGGCCACAAUUCUAGAAUUAUUGGAGACAAGUGAUCUUUUAUUCUACAUGGUAAUUCUGUAUCUUUAUGAUUGUAAUUUUCUUAAACCAAAAUCAACUUAACUUAAUAAUUAAUUAAGUUUAGAAUAAUGGUUGUUGUUCUUCUAAAAAAAAGUUCUGUUAUAGCACUAA